AUGUCAAUGUACGGCGAAAUGCUUGAUCAUUGUAAGGGAGCAGAAAUGCAUGAUAUUAUAAUGGAUGUUUACGUUGAGUUUGCGGUCGUUUGUAUAUCAUCCGGAAAUUUAAUACAAGCGAUGGCUCUUCUUACAAGAGCUGCCAAAGCAUUAGAUGAUAAUUAUUCGGACAUGAGUAGUGAAAUCGAAUGGAAAUACAAUACUAUACUAGGAAAAAUAAAUUCUUUAUUGGGUAAGUGUUAUCUAAAUCUCGGACAGAUUGAAAAGGCUUACACAAAGCUACAUGAAGCUUUAAAUAAUUUUGGUUAUAAUAUUCCUUUAACCAAAAUGGCUGUUGUAACGUCGACCCACUUCAAAAGAAUGCAGCUUAGAUUAAUUGUGGAUCGUGCAUCUCACAAAAUUGGAAAAUUAGAAGACUAUUCUGCUUUAUUUUGUGAUAUUGUAGCUGAAUGUUUAUGUUCAAUGUGUGAGAUGUUUAUUUCAUUGAAUAUAUGGUAUAUAGCUGAUUUAGCGGCUACUUGGGCAUUACUUAUGGCGAUUAGAUCUGAUAAGGAUUUCAACACUAUCUGUGUGGCUUACCUUAGCCUUAUGGAUGUGUCGACAUAUUAUGGAAGGCAUGAAUUUAUUUGGUGGCUGGAAAAAAAUGUCCUUGCCAUGAUUAGUCAGAAGCAAGUUACUGGAUUUGUAAAUAAUGAUUUGAAUGUAGUAUGCAGAGUAUAUUAUAGAAUAUUUAUAUCUCGCCUCGGAAGAUGUGAAUUAAUAAAUGCUAUUGAUAUGGGAUAUAAAACUAAAAAUUUAUCAGUCCGUGUACAACCAUUCAGCAUUAGAUUACAAGUAUUGCCCCUACUAAUUAACUCUUUAAUUGCAAGAAUACGCCUAUCUGAAGCCGCAGAGUUAUUAGAGGUUCUAAGAGAUGUAGCAAAAGAAGAUUCUGAUAAUUCGGCAAUGUGCUGGUAUUAUGCGUUGUGCUUAGACAUGGCUUUAGAUACAGGAUAUGCGAUUGAAACAUACACUGAGAGCAAAGAAUUCUAUACAGAUGAAUGUGAAUCACUUUUGUGCUCAAGAGAUCCAGAUAGUGAACUUGCUUUUUAUUCGGCAAUGUGGUUGUGGUGUAUACGCAUUUCCGAGUGGGAAGCGAUGUCAACUUGGGAACGGAAAAUACGUCAAAAAUUUGAUUUGAACUCUUACCAAGGUAUUGCCAAUACUAAAUCGAUGAUAAAAGUUCUAGAAGGUUUUAUUUCGAAAUUGGCGCUAGCUGUACAAAGUAAAGAUUUUGCUGAAAUACAUCGUUCUAAACAAAUUAUUAAAGUAUUGAAAAAUGCAAUAGCAAAAUCGGUUAAAAGAGUACAAUGCGAACGCAUGCGAUUUAGUAUGAUGUUGGCCUACUUGAAAAAAGUAAAACGUAAAGAUAAUGAAGCUAUUAAAUUGAUGCAUAAAUGUCGAGACUUGUGCAUACAAAAUCAACAUAAAUCUAUGCUUAUGAUUUGCGAUCACCAAAUUCAAUAUUGGAAAGGCACCCUACCGCCAAAAAUGGUUGAUCUUUGGACGAAAAUUUUUAGCUCAAACAAAAAAGCAUAUUUCAGACCGUCAGUAACAGAUGUUAUUUGUUAUACAUUACGUCUUCCAAACUAUUAA